AUGAGACAGUUUGGAUUGGCUCAAUUCGAUGACAAACAGCGAGAGAAAUAUGAAGAUAUCAGUUCAAAUAUCUUACAAAAACAAACGCUGGAACUUAGGGACCAACUGAAAAUCUUCCAAGAUCGUUUGACAAUUUUUGCAAACAAGCAUAAUGAAGAACUGCGAGAAAACCCCGAAUUUAGAUUGAAGUUUACAAGAAUGUGUUCAUCAAUCGGUAUCAACCCAUUAUCUCUAUUUGAUAAAGAUAAACACUUGUUCACCGUAAAUGAUUUCUACUAUGAAAUAUGUGUAAAAGUUAUCGAGAUAUGUAGACAGACGAAGGAUAUGAAUGGCGGAGUUAUUUCGUUUGAUGAAUUAGAAAAAUGUUUCAAACAUCUAAGAGUUGGUAGACCAGACUUGGAAAAAGCCAUAAACAUGUUAUUAGCUCUAGAUGGAGGCUUUGAAGUCUUCGAAAUUAGGCAGAAAAAAUUUAUUCGUAGCGUCCCGAAUGAAUUAACAGACGAUCAAACUAAGAUUUUAGAAAUAUGUUCAAUUUUGGGCUAUGCUACCGCCUCGCUUCUCAAGGCAAAUUUGAAUUGGACAAAUGUCAGAAGUAAAGCAGUAAUUGACGGAAUGGUUGCCAAUGGUUUAUUAUGGGUAGAUAAACAAGCUGGCUCUGAAACAUACUAUUGGGAUCCUUCAUGGAUGGCACGGAUCAAUUAG